GAAAACCUUAAACCCUCCUCUCAACUUCUGAAGUCGGUAGUUAGCUAACCUCUUAAAGUUAAACCCUCCCCCCUUCUCCCUCCCUUUUCCAGAGAUUGAGCUUGGGUGAGGCACCAAUGGCGACGCCCGCGGACGCUCGAGCCGUAAAGUCUCUAAACACAGGCGAGGGAAGCAAGAAAUUUGUUUACAAGUCCAAUGUUCAACAAAUUGCAGAGAUUGAUAUUAAUGUAUACCGAAGUUUGGACCCUGUUAAAGCUGAGCCUUCUGAAGGGUCCACGUUUUUUCGCGAUUGCCUAGUUGAAUGGAGAGGGGUUUUGCGGUGCUGGACAAUGUGCUUUGGAGAUGUUGAUGAUGCUGUGUAGAAUCUUGGUGGUUUUGAUGUAACAGUGACUAGAUGAGGAUGACCCUUCUGGCUUUGUGGACUAAUCUACUGGCAUAUACAGGCAGAUUAGUUUUAGUAGUUUUGGCACUGUCUUUAAUCUACAAAGUUAAUGUGAAAUAAAUGAAGGUGUGGUCCAUAUCUUGCUUGAGGUAGGAGGAGUAAAUCAAUGGCAUCCUUUUGAAGUAGGAAGUGCUAUUACUUCUAAUGCACCAAAGAAUGUUUUCAAGGCAAAGGAGUUUGUGUUAGGAUAAGUAAUUUAUGAAGGUGACAUGAUCAGAAUCAUGUUUAGCGAGGGUUGUUUUGAA